AUGUCACAUUGGUGGGGUAAGCAUUUUCUAUAUAAUCAGACAAUCACUUCAUCGUUUUCUUAUUUUCUGUCAGUUAAUCGUCGAUCGUUGUUGUCCUCAAAUCAUUUAAUAUUAUACUGUAGAUAAAAAGAUGAUAACACCAUUAGUUUUUGCUGUCAUCCUGGCAGCUAUUUCGAAUAUAGAUGCAGCAAUUAACGAAGCUCGUCCACACAGUAAUCGUCCUGGAAGAUUUUUAUCACUCCCUAUUGCCCAAAAAUGUUCGAACCGACCAAAAGAAUUCAAUUUCCGAGGCCACAAUUACUUUUUAAGUUCUCAUGUACCAGCACAUGCAAAUCAAAAGGUUGAUUGGUUGGAUGCAAGAAACAUCUGUAGAGAAUAUUGUAUGGAUUUGGUAUCUCUUGAAACUCAAGAAGAAAAUAAUAUGAUCUUCCGAUUGAUUCAACAAAACGAUGUUCCUUAUAUUUGGACAUCUGGACGACUGUGUGACUUUAAGGGCUGUGAAAACCGUCGUGAUUUAGAGCCUAAAUCGCUAUAUGGAUGGUUUUGGUCGGCAAAUCGUGAAAAAAUGGCUCCAACCAACCAAAUACCUAAUGGUUGGGGAUAUAAUCCCUGGUCUCAAACCGGACACAAGAAACAACGGCAACCUGAUAAUGCCGAAUUUGAUAUUAAUGGCACUAGUGAAUCAUGUAUGUCAGUCCUUAAUAAUGUAUACAACGAUGGUAUUGCUUGGCAUGACGUUGCUUGUUAUCAUGAAAAACCAUUUGUUUGUGAGGACUCUGAAGAACUUCUCAAUUAUAUCGCAGGAACCAACCGGGGAAUUCGACUAUAAAAGCAUUGAUAAUCUAUUUUUUACAUGCUAUUCACUGUUUUUAAAAUCAAUGAUUUAAAAACAAUACAAAAAUAUUACUUUGUUAUAUUUUCAUGCAAAGUAUACACAGUUUAUAUAAAGUAUAAAUAAUUUA